CCCCGGGGUCUGAAUUAGAACUCAGCUCCUGCGGCUCCCGGCGGGGCGGCGCCGCUUCUGGCGUCGGCGCUCACCGUCGCCCCUCGUCUCGUCUCGCCUCGCCUCGCCUGCCGAGCGCUCGGCACAGUGCUGCGAGGGAAUGAGCCACCCCGGGCCCGCUAAGCCUUCUCCUCCCCAGAAAACCGGACCUUGCUGCCGACGCCGGGCAGACGAAAAGACAAGGGCUUCGACGCCGCUCACCGCUUUUGAUGAAAAAGCUGGUGAACUGCAUGUACCGACGCCCGGAUGCCCUUUUCAGGCUGAUCUGUUUUCCUUGGGGAGGAGGCGGAUCCGUCUAUUUUGCGAAAUGGGGCAAAGAUUUUCCUCAUCUCAUCGAAGUGUCUGCUAUACGGCUUGCGGGGAGAGAAUCGCGAAGUCACGAGCCUUUUGCAACGGACAUGGCGGGUCUCGUCGAGGAGAUCGUGAAUACCCUGCUGCCGACCCUCCGGGAAAAACCGUUUACGUUUUUUGGUCACAGUCCAGGGCCCGGGAACGCCUCCCGAAGAGCACGGACUUGACCGAAGACCAAUUUGUCCAGUUCCUCCUGGAUGCCGGAGGGACACCCGAGGAAGUCCUGGACAACAAAGAGUGUCUGGAGCAGUUCAUUCCCAUUCUGAGGGCGGACGCGGCGCUGUUCGAGGAGAUCGGCUUUGCCAAGCCGGCCGCCCCUCUUCUCUCCUGUAACAUCACUUGCUUUGAUGGGAUCGAAGAUAUACCGCACGAUUUGGAAGACCGUGAGCAUCACGAGGGUAGGAAUCACGUCUGCCGACUCUACGGCUGGAAGGACUUAACCAGCGGAAGCUGCGAUAUUCACAAGCGUCCCGGAGGGCACUUUUACCUCAAGGAAGAGUCCAACGAGGCUUUCAUCCGCAAAUACAUCACGGUCUGUUUAGAGUCGGCCUGACGAAGCGUCGUCCCUGGGGAGAACGCUCGGAGUUCGGGUCGGACCUCUUUUCCACCCUCAUUAAACGUUCUCCCACGGAUCGA